AUCAACCCAACACCCAUUUAAAAAAUUACAAUAUACUUUUUUGGUAAUACGAAUAAAUAAACUACAAUUUCAUAUCAUUAAAAUUACAGAACAAUCCCUAAUUGGAAGCAAAAUCUCAUCUCUUUUUGUCUCCCUUUUCGGGAAAAAAAAAAAACUGAAUAAUACGAGUAACGAACUCAGUUCGUCUCUCUCCCUCUCUUAUAAACGGAGAGCAAUCGCCUCUCUCCCUCCAUUUUCAUUUCUCCAUUUUCUCGCCAUCCAUCAGAUUAAAGAAAAGAAAAAGAAGAGAAAAAAAUCUUGAUAUUGCUGGAAGAAAUCUUCGCCAUUGCGUCAUGGACCCGAGAAGAAUUCCUCCGCCGAAGCAGCUAACGCGCUCCGCCAUGGGAAUGGCCCUCGGCGGAAACCCUAAUCAUGUCCCCACAAACACUUCUAUGUCUAUCCACUCCUUUGACGUCUACAACUUCCUCCGCCUUCCUCCUCCUUCCUCUCCUCCUUCUCAUCAUCCUCCUCCUCCGCCUCCGCCACCUCCUCCGCUGCCGCGUAGUCAGCCGAGUUCCCUCGGAUUCCGCGGAUCGUCUUCCUCCGCUGCUGCCGCGCCACUCUCGAAGAGAAAGCGAGGUCGCCCGAGGAAGGUCCCCCUCAGUUUGGAAGGGGGAGUUUCCCAUUCCCUUGGCGGAGUGAUGAUUGAGGUCAAGAAAGGGGAGGAUAUAGAAUCAAAGAUGAUGACUUUGACAAGGGAUGGAUCACGUUCCUUCUGCAUUGUCUCUGCAACUGGUUCUGUCUCUAGUGUGGUUUUACGCCACUCCACUUCCACUUCUAUCAAUUCCAUCAUUUCAUACGAGGGCAUAUUCCGAAUCAUAACGCUGUCAGGGUCGUUCUUGAAUAGAGAAAGCAGUGGUACUGAUGUAAACAGGACAUGGAGGUUGAGUGUGUGUCUAGCCGGUCCAGAUGGCCAGGUUUUCGGCGGGGCCGUUGCCGGAAGGCUAAUAGCCGCGUCAAGAGUUGAGAUCACAGUGGGGAGCUUCAUAGAAGAAGCGAGACCGAGACAAGUGGAACCGGAAAGGGGAAGGCCGAGGACUGAUACAACAGAGGAGAAGAAGGAGAGCAGCGAAGACUCCACCGGAGGAAGUAAGUCAUCAGCAGACCAACCUUCUCGUGGUCCUCCAUCGGUUUGGUAGUUUCUUCUCCCCCCAUGUACAUAGACAGACUCUCCUCCUCUUUGUCUCUUGGUGUAAAUACUGACCUGACCCCACAUAAUAUCAUUUUGAAAUUUGAUCUUUAGGAAAGAUACAAUUUGAACAAGUUUGCGUCACUGU